UCAGUCGUGGGGGGUUGGGAGUCAAGUCGAACCCCACCUGUUUGGUUCCACUACCAUGGACUGUCUCUGCAUUGUGACCACAAAGAAAUACAGAUAUCAGGAUGAGGAGACCCCCCCCUUGGAGCAUAGUCCUGCCCACCUGGCUCACAGCAAGAGCGCCGAGAUGCUGCACAUGAGCGACAAGAACCUGGCCGCCAUGGACGCCAUGCACGGCUACGCUCCUCACACACACAUCUCUCCCAUCAAGCCGGUGCUGAUGUCGGCUGGACACACCCCCCUGUACACCUCUGCGGUCUCCACGCUGGUGAACGGGACGGAAGGGGAGAUUGAAUACGAGGAGAUUACCUUGGAGAGGGGCAACUCCGGCCUGGGCUUCAGUAUUGCGGGAGGCACUGAUAACCCUCAUGUAGGAGAUGACCCCAGCAUCUUCAUCACCAAGAUCAUACCAGGAGGGGCAGCAGCACAAGAUGGACGACUAAGAGUGAACGACAGCAUCCUGUUUGUGAACGAGGUGGACGUGCGGGAGGUGACCCACAGUCAGGCCGUGGAGGCGCUCAAGGAGGCCGGCGCCAUCGUCCGCCUCUACGUGCUGCGCCGCAAACCCGUCGCCGAGAAAAUCACCGAGCUCAAGCUCAUCAAAGGACCCAAAGGUUUGGGCUUCAGUAUAGCAGGGGGUGUCGGUAAUCAGCACAUCCCUGGAGACAACAGCAUCUACGUGACCAAGAUCAUCGAGGGAGGAGCAGCACAUAAGGAUUGCCGGCUACAGAUAGGAGAUAAGAUACUAGCGGUGAAUAACGUGUGUCUGGAGGACGUGAUGCACGAGGAUGCUGUGGGCGCACUGAAGAACACGGCGGAGGUGGUCUACCUGAGAGUGGCCAAACCCAACAACCUGUACCUGACCAACACCUACAACCCACCAGACCUCACCAGCACAUAUUCGCCGCACCUGGACUCAGACCUCGGGCAUCCCAACUACUUGGGCUCAGAUUACCCACAAGCCCUCACUCCCACCUCGCCCAGCCGCUUCUCCCCCGUCCUGCACGGCCUGCUGGGAGACGAGGACCUUCCGAGAGACCCGAGGCGUGUGCUGAUCCAUCGGGGCUCCACGGGUCUGGGCUUUAAUAUUGUGGGGGGGGAGGACGGCGAGGGCAUCUUCAUCUCCUUCAUCCUGGCCGGAGGCCCCGCUGACCUGAGCGGAGAGCUGCGCAAGGGGGACCAGAUCCUGAGUGUGAACGGGGUGGACCUGAGGGCCGCCACUCACGAGCAGGCGGCCGCAGCGCUGAAGAACGCCGGACAGACUGUUACCAUCAUCGCCCAGUACAGACCCGAAGAGUACAGCCGGUUUGAGGCGAAGAUCCACGACCUGCGGGAGCAGCUGAUGAACAGCAGCAUGGGCUCGGGCACCACCACCCUGAGGAGCAACCCCAAGAGAGGCUUCUACAUCAGAGCGCUGUUUGACUAUGAUAAGACGGUGGACUGCGGUUUCCUGAGCCAGGCGAUAGGCUUCAAGUUUGGGGACGUCCUGCACGUGCUGGACUGCGGCGACGAGGAGUGGUGGCAGGCCAGACGCGUCAGCCCGCAGGGAGACGGAGAGGAAGUGGGGUUCAUCCCCAGCAAGAGGAGGGUGGAAAGGAAAGAAUGGUCUCGCUUCAAGUCAAAAGACAGGGUACUAGGGAGAGAAGAAACAUGCCACAGUUAUGAAACGAUCACACAAGUUGAAGUGCACUAUGCGCGGCCCAUCAUUAUUUUGGGUCCGGUGAAAGACAGGGUAAACGACGACCUGUUGUCGGAGUUCCCCGACAAGUUUGGCUCCUGUGUGCCUCAUACGACACGACCGAAGCGGGAGUACGAGGUGGACGGCAGAGACUACCACUUUGUGUCGUCACGGGAACAGAUGGAGAAGGACAUCCAAAGUCAUCGUUUCAUCGAGGCGGGACAGUACAACAGCCACCUCUACGGCACCAGUGUCCAGAGCGUCAGAGAAGUGGCUGAGCAGCAGGGGAAGCACUGUAUCCUGGACGUGUCGGCCAACGCCGUGCGGCGGCUGCAGGCGGCGCAGCUCCAUCCCAUAGCCAUCUUCGUGCGGCCCAAGUCGCUGGAGAACGUCCUAGAGCUCAACCCGCGGCUAACCGAGGAGCAGGCACGGAAAGGCAUGGACCGCGCUGUCAAGCUCGAGCAGGACUUCCUGGAGUGCUUCUCAGCUGUUGUAGAGGGCGACCGCUUCGAGGAGGUCUACCACCAGGUGAAAACAGUGAUCGAGGAACAGUCUGGGCCUUACAUCUGGAUCGCGACCAGGGAGAGGCUCUGA